AUGAGGGCUGUAUAUAAGGGCCACGCGGUUUCUGGCUUGGCACAGUGCCCCCUCCGCCUUGUAGCUCUUCGGAACAGCACUCACCUCAGCGCUUUUAGCUUUCCUGUAACAAAGGUCCCGUCAGCAGCCAUGACGACCACCAUCACGACCGGAGUGUUGGCAGGGACCGCAGGCGGCGCAGGACUCGCCGGUCUGGCCGUCGCAGGAGCUGUAGGUUUGGGCGUCCUGGGUGUGGCCGCCCUUGCCUCCAGAGGCGGAGGACGCAGGAAUCGCGGGGGCAGGAGGAAUGGGCACCGCCGGGGGCGUCGCUCCACUGUGGAGGACGACGACGACUGGAGGAUGCAGAACGCCCUCGAGUUGGUGCGAGCGGAGGACGUGACAGGAUGCGGCAUGAGGCUGGUGUGCGAACUGGCCAGCCAGGAGGAGGAGGAUCUGGUGCAGGAGGAGCUGGCCAUCCUGGCACUGCUCGGACCCGACGUGAAGCCCGGGGAGGGAGUCCUUCCCCCCGGGGGCGCCAGGGGAGAGUACCUGCAGGCCAGGAGCUUCGGCGGGCGAGGCGGGGACUGCGGCGCCGCCUUCCCCAUGUGUCCACACAACGGCACGCAGCUCAUGGACACCGUCAUGGCCUACCUGCCAUGA